UAAGCCACGGUUCAAGCUUUCCCUAUAUAUACAGAAACCCACCCCAAUUGUUUUUGCCCCAAGUAAAGCAAAAGCAACUCUCCUUUCUACGUGCUUUCUUUUUGCUACCAAUCUCAAAUUCCCCUAUCUACCAUGAAAACAGAAGUAGAGAGCCUCUGGCUGUUUGCUGUGAUCACCUCUAAAUGCCAAGCCUUGACACAAGCAAGCAUUGCAUGGCCAAUUCUAUUCAUGUGUAUGCUGACUUGGCUAGCCAUGACCCUUCUUUUCUGGGCUCACCCUGGUGGCCCGGCAUGGGGUAGCUACGUUUGGAGGAAUGGAAAAUCUGAAUCAGCCGUCAAAAAGCCAAUAAUUCCAGGUCCGAGAGGGUUGCCUCUAGUUGGCAGCAUGAGCCUGAUGACCUCCCUCGCCCACCACAGGAUUGCUGCGGCGGCGGAGGCAUGUGGCGCCAAGCGUCUCAUGGCCUUUAGCCUCGGCAAUACUCGCGUCAUCGUCACUUGUAACCCGGACGUUGCCAGAGAAAUCCUGAACAGCUCUGUGUUUGCUGAUCGUCCCGUAAAGGAGUCCGCCUACAGCUUGAUGUUCAACAGAGCAAUCGGGUUCGCUCCUUUCGGGGUAUAUUGGCGAACACUUCGUAGAAUCGCAGCCACGCACCUUUUCUCCCCAAAACAAAUCAAAGCUUCCGAGGCGCAGAGGUUUGAAAUCGCUUCUCAAAUGGUGGCAAUAUUUGGGGACAAAGGAAAGAGCUCCUUCAGUGUGCGUGAAGUGCUUAAACGUGCUUCGCUAAACAACAUGAUGUGCUCGGUGUUUGGAUGCAAAUACAGAUUGGAUACCUCAAACAGUGAAGUGGAAGAGCUACAGAGGAUGGUGAGUGAAGGGUACGAGCUUUUGGGUCUGCUGAAUUGGUCCGACCACCUGCCAUGGCUAGCUGAUUUUGAUUGCCAAAGAAUCCGCCUCAGAUGCUCCAAGCUCGUGCCGGACGUGAACCAGUUUGUCAGCCGAUUAAUCGCCGAACACCGGACUCGAAACAGCGAAGGUGAAAGUGACAGCAACAGGGAUUUUGUUGACGUUUUGCUCUCUCUUCAUGGCCCGGAAAGGCUGUCGGACUCCGACAUGAUCGCCGUUCUUUGGGAAAUGAUUUUCAGAGGUACAGACACGGUGGCAGUUCUAAUGGAGUGGAUACUCGCGAGGAUGGUGCUUCACCCAGAUAUCCAAUCAAAGGUCCACGAGGAGCUCGAUAAGGUUGUUGGAAGAUCACGAGCCGUAGUCCAAGCUGACAUGGCGAUGUUGGGGUAUCUAAAGGCUGUUGUGAAGGAGGUGCUAAGGCUACACCCACCGGGUCCACUUUUAUCAUGGGCUCGCUUAGCCAUCGAUGACACGAUCAUUGAUGGGUAUCACGUGCCCAAAGGGACCACAGCAAUGGUAAACAUGUGGGCCAUAACAAGGGAUCCGCAAGUGUGGAGGGAACCACUGGAAUUUAUGCCUGAGAGGUUUCUUACUAGUGAGAAUGAGACGGAGCUGGAAUUCUCGGUGUUCGGGUCGGAUCUUAGGCUAGCACCAUUUGGGUCAGGAAGGCGGAGUUGCCCGGGCAAGACCCUGGGCUUGACCACGGUAAGCUUUUUGGUAGCCUCACUUUUACACGAGUAUGAAUGGCUACCAUCCGAUAAUAAUAAGGUUGACCUAUCAGAGGUACUGAAGCUCUCUUGCGAGAUGGCUAAUCCUCUGACAAUUACGUUGCGCCCUAGACGAAGACAAAACCUAUCUUAAGUAAUUAUAAUAUGAUAAUAAAAUAAUAAAAAUAAAAAAA